CAUCUCGAACCAAUCUCUCUGAUUUUCGUCUACCCUACCCUAGAAAGAAUCGCAAAAUGGCUCCCAAAGGAGAUAAGAAGCCGGCAGAGAAGAAGCCCGCCGCCGAGAAGGCUCCAGCGGCGGAGAAGAAGCCCAAGGCCGGGAAGAAGCUGCCGAAGGAAGCCUCCGCCACCGCCGGAGACAAGAAGAAGAAGCGGACCAAGAAGAGCGUGGAAACCUACAAGAUCUACAUCUUCAAGGUUCUUAAGCAGGUCCAUCCCGACAUCGGCAUUUCCAGCAAGGCUAUGGGCAUAAUGAACAGUUUCAUCAAUGAUAUCUUCGAGAAACUGGCGCAGGAGGCGUCGCGGCUUGCGCGCUACAACAAGAAGCCGACGAUCACCUCCCGCGAGAUUCAGACCGCCGUGAGGCUGGUGUUGCCCGGAGAGUUGGCCAAGCACGCCGUUUCUGAGGGAACUAAGGCGGUCACCAAGUUCACAAGGGAUAAGAAACCGGCGGAGAAGAAGCCAGCGGCGGAGAAGGCUCCGGCGGCGGAAAAGGCUCCUGCGGAGAAGAAGCCCAAGGCUGGGAAGAAGCUUCCCAAGGACGCUGGUGCUGCCGGCGUGGACAAGAAGAAGAAGCGGACGAAGAAGAGCGUGGAGACUUACAAGAUCUACAUCUUCAAGGUGCUGAAGCAGGUGCACCCUGAUAUUGGGAUCUCGAGCAAGGCUAUGGGGAUUAUGAACAGCUUCAUCAACGACAUCUUCGAGAAGCUUGCGCAGGAGGCGUCGCGGCUUGCGCGCUACAACAAGAAGCCGACGAUAACUUCUCGGGAGAUCCAGACGGCGGUGAGGCUUGUGUUACCUGGAGAAUUGGCGAAGCACGCGGUUUCUGAGGGGACGAAGGCGGUUACCAAAUUUACUAGCUCUUGAAUCCUUGUAUGGGAAGGUUUGGCUUGUGUUUAUGUUGAAUUAGAGGGUUAGGGUUUUCGGAUUAUUGUAGAGGAUAAUGGGUUUUUUCUGAUGGAUGCAGUUACUGUUAAUUUGGGGGAUUUAUAGAUAUGCUUUGAUUUUGUCAAUUGAAUGAUAAAUCUAUGAAUUUGCUUCAAUAA